UUAAGGGCCAUCGUAAAUUAGCUCCCUUAAUGAUUUUUGAUCAACAUGCCUUCAGUUAGCAGAGAGAGUGACUGUUUUUGUUUUCUGCAUUUUGAAUUGUUUUGCAUCAAACAAGUGCCAGGCAAAUUUCACUAUUCUAACCCUAAAAAUUUGAUGUCUUGGUUUGAUAAUUUAACCUGCAUGGGAAACACUUCCGCCUUCCUGUUUGAAAAGAAAUUAAAGAAUAUGUUUUUGUUUAGCUACACCUCCUGUCCCAGCUUCCUCCCAGCAACCCCAGACAACUUCUGGGCCUGCAAAGCCCAAAGUCAAAGAUGCCAAAAGUGCUCAGGGUUCUUCUGCCCCAAAGGCUGUUCCUGGCAGAAGAAAACGCUCUUCUAUGUCUGCCUCGUCCUCAUCUCCCACCUCACCAAAAUCCACUCCCUCCUCAACACCUUUGUCAACGGUUCAAUCUCCCUUGGCUUCCUCACCUUCAGCAGCCCUUAAAGUUACCCCAAAGUCUGCUGUGGCAGGUUCAGAAUCUCUUGCUUCUAGCCCUUCCAAAUCUUUUGAAGUUACUUUUCUGACAGCUGCUUCAGUUCCUACUGAUGAUGACCUCCCACCACUUAUUCCACCUGCAAAGCCAAGUAAAAUAUUAAAUCAAAAUAGUGCUGUUGUCCCUGUAGAAGUAUCUAAAAUAAAAUCCAAAUCUGAGCAUGCAUCUCGAGAGGAAAUAAAGACUACACCUGCUGAGGCCACUGCUCCACUUAAAGUUGUUAAAGCCUCAACUGUUAAUGUUGGGACCAUAAAACCAUCUCCAACUAAAGUCAUGGAAACUGUUUCAAAGACCAAUCCCAAUUAUCUUCAUACUAAACCAGCCGUUCAGGACAAACCUGCUCCCGUGGAAGCGGCAAAGCCAGCCACUCAGGUCAGAUCUGCUCCUGUGGAGGUCACCAAGCCAGCCGCUCAGGUCAAACGUGCUCCAGUGGAGUCUCCUAAGGUAGUCUUGCAAGAAAAGUCUGCUCCUGCGGGGGCUGCCAAGCCACCCCAGCAGGCCAAAUCAGCUCCUGUGCAGCCUGUUCCUGUAGAUGCGGCCAAGACAGUACCACAAGACAAGGCUGCCAAACGUACUCCAAUUGAGGCUGCCCAGCCAACCUUGCAAGAAAAGCUUGCUACUAUGGUUGCUGUAAAACCAGAAACACAGGAUAAGGCUGCUCCCAUGGAAACUGCCAAGCCAGCCCCACAAGACAAGGCUGCCAAGCCUGCUCCUGCAGAGGCCACAAAGUCAGCCUUGCAAGACAAGCAUGUCCCCGUGGAGGCUGCCAAGCCAGCCGCUCAGGUCAAAUCCAAUCCCAAGCAGGCAGUCAAGCUAGUCUUGCAAGAAAAGCCUGUUCCUGCGGAGGCUGCCAAGCCACUCCAGCAGGUCAAAUCUGCUCCUGUGCAGCCUGUUCCUGUGAAGCCAAGAAAGCCUUCCCCUGUAGAUGCUGCCAAGGCAGUACCACAAGACAAGGUUGCCAAACCUGCUCCAAUUGAGGCUGCCCAGCCACCCUUGCAAGAAAAGCUUGCUACUAUGGUCGCUGCAAAGCCAGAAACACAGGAUAAGGCUGCUCCCAUGGAGACUGCCAAGCCAGCCCCACAAGACAAGGCUGCCAAGCCUGCUCCUGUGGAGGCCACUAAGUCAGCCUCUCAAGACAAGCAUGUCUCCGUGGAGGCUGCCAAGCCAGCCACUCAGGUCAAAUCCAAUCCCAAGCAGGCUGUCAAGCUAGUCUUACAAGAAAAGUCUGUUCCUGCGGAGGCUGCCAAGCCACCCCAGCAGGUCAAAUCUGCUCCUGUGCAGCCUGUUCCUGUGAAGCCAAGAAAGCCUUCCCCUGUAGAUGCUGCCAAGACAGUACCACAAGACAAGGCUGCCAAACCUGCUCCAAUUGAGGCUACCCAGCCACCCUUGCAAGAAAAGCUUGCUACUAUGGUCGCUGCAAAGCCAGAAACACAGGAUAAGGCUGCUCCCAUAAAGACUGCCAAGCCAGCCCCACAAGACAAGGCUGCCAAGCCUGCUCCUGUGGAGGCCACUAAGUCAGCUUCUCAAGACAAGCAUGUCUCCGUGGAGGCUGCCAAGCCAGCCACUCAGGUCAAAUCCGAUCCCAAGCAGGCUGUCAUGCUAGUCUUGCAAGAAAAGUCUGUUCCUGCGGAGGCUGCCAAGCCACCCCAGCAGGUCAAAUCUGCUCCUGUGCAGCCUGUUCCUGUGAAGCCAAGAAAGCCUUCCCCUGUAGAUGCUCCCAAGACAGUACCACAAGACAAGGCUGCCAAACCUGCUCCAAUUGAGGCUACCCAGCCACCCUUGCAAGAAAAGCUUGCUACUAUGGUCGCUGCAAAGCCAGAAACACAGGAUAAGGCUGCUCCCAUGGAGACUGCCAAGCCAACCCCACAAGACAAGGCAGCCAAGCCUGCUCCUGCAGAGGGCACUAAGUCAGCCUUGCAAGACAAGCAUGUCCCCAUGGAGGCUGCCAAGCCAGCCGCUCAGGUCAAAUCCGAUCCCAAGCAGGCAGUCAAGCUAGUCUUGCAAGAAAAGCCUGUUCCUGCGGAGGCUGCCAAGCCACUCCAGCAGGUCAAAUCUGCUCAUGUGCAGCCUGUUCCUGUGAAGCCUAGAAAGCCUUCCACUGUAGAUGCUGCCAAGGCAGUACCACAAGACAAGGCUGGCAAACCUGCUCCAAUUGAGGCUGCCCAGCCACCCUUGCAAGAAAAGCUUGCUAUUAUGGUGGCUGCAAAGCCAGAAACACAGGAUAAGGUUGCUCCCAUGGAGACUGCCAAGCCAGCCCCACAAGACAAGGCUGCCAAGCCUGCUCCUGUGGAGGCCACUAAGUCAGCCUUGCAAGACAAGCAUGUCCCGGUGGAGGCUGCCAAGCCAGCCGCUCAGGUCAAGUCCGCUCCCAAGCAGGCUGCCAAGCUAGUCUUGCAAGAAAAGCCUGUUCCUGCGGAGGCUGCCAAGCCAUUCCAGCAGGUCAAAUCUGCCCCUGUGCAGUCUGUUCCUGUGAAGCCGAGAAAGCCUUCCCCUGUAGAUGCUGCCAAGACAGUACCACAAGACAAGGCUGCCAAACCUGCUCCAAUUGAGGCUGCCCAGCCACCCUUGCAAGAAAAGCUUGCUAUUAUGGUGGCUGCAAAGCCAGAAACACAGGAUAAGGCUGCUCCCAUGGAGGCUGCCAAGCCUGCUCCUGUGGAGGCCACUAAGUCAGCCUUGCAAGACAAGCAUGUCCCCGUGGAGGCUGCCAAGCCAGCCGCUCCGGACAAGUCCGCUCCCAAGCAGGCUGCCAAGCUAGUCUUGCAAGAAAAGCCUGUUCCUGCGGAGGCUGCCAAGCCACUCCAGCAGGUCAAAUCUGCUCCUGUGCAGCCUGUUCCUGUGAAGCCUAGAAAGCCUUCCCCUGUAGUUGCUGCUAAGACAGCCCCACAAGACAAGGCUGCCAAACCUGCUCCAAUUGAGGCUGCCAAGCCACCCCUGCAAGAAAACCUUGCUACUAUGGUGGCUCCAAAGCCAGAAACACAGGAUAAGGCUUCUCCCAUGGAGACUGCCAAGCCAGCACCGCAAGCCAAGGCUGCCAAACCUGCUCCAAUUGAGGCUGCCAAGCCACCCUUGCAAGAAAAACUUGCGACUACGGUGGCUGCAAAGCCAGAAAGGCAGGAUAAGGCUGCUCCCAUGGAGACUGCCAAGCCAGCCCCACAAGACAGGGCUGCCAAGCCUGCUCCUGUGGAGGUCACAAAAUCAGCCUUGCAAGACAAGGAUGUCCCUGUGGAGGCUACCAAGCCAGCCGCUCAGUUCAAAUCAGCUCCCAAGCAGGCUGCCAAGCUAGUCUUGCAAGAAAAGCCUGUUCCUAGUGAGGCUGCCAAGCCUCUCCAGCAGGUCAAAUCAGCCCCUGUGCAGCCUAGAAAGCCUUCCCCUCUAGAUGCUGCCAAGACAGCACCACAAGACAAGGCUGCCAAGCCUGCUCCUGUGGAGGCCACUAAGUUAGCCUUGCAAGACAAGGAGGCUGCCAAGCCAGCCGCUCAGUUCAAAUCAGCUCCCAAGCAGGCUGCCAAGCUAGUCUUGCAAGAAAAGCCUGUUCCUCGUGAGGCUGCCAAGCCUCUCCAGCAGGUCAAAUCAGCCCCUGUGCAGCAUGUUCCUGUGAAGCCUAGAAAGCCUUCCCCUCUAGAUGCUGCCAAGACAGCACCACAAGACAAGGCUGCCAAGCCUUCUCCUGUGGAGGCCAUUAAGUCAGCCUUGCAAGACAAGCAUGUCACUGUGGAAGCUGGCAAGCCAGCUCCACAGGACAAGCCACUUUACAUGGAGGUUGCCAAGCAGGCUGCCAAAGUUGCCAAGCCUUCUUGUGUGGAGGACACCCAGCUAGCCUUGCAAGACAAACCUGUCCCUGUGGAAGCUGCCAAGCCAGCUCCACGGGACAAGCCACUCUCUGUGGAGGCUGCCAAGCCAGCCGCUCAGGACAAAUCCGCUCCCAAGCAGGCAGCCAAAGUUGCCGAGACGCUGACUGUGGAGGCCACCCUGCUAUCCUUGGAAGACAAGCAUGUCCCUGUGGAAGCUGCAAAGCCAGCUCUACAGGACAAGCCACUUUCCGUGGAGGCUGCCAAGCCAGCCGCUAAGAACAAAUCCACUUCCAUGCAGGCCGCCAAGUCAGCCCCUCAAGACAAGGCCGCCAAGCCAGCCCCUCAAGACAAGGCCGCCAAGCCAGCCCCUCAAGACAAGGCCGCCAAGCCAGCCCCUCAAGACAAGCUUGCGCCUGUUGAGGCUGCAAAGUCAUCCCAACAAAACAAGGCUGUCAAGCCAUCUCCUCAGGACAAAUCUACUACCACAAAUGCCGCCAAGCCAGACUUGCAGGACAAACCUGUUGUGGUGGAAGGAGCCGAGCCAGAGAGACUUACUCAGAAGGCUGAACUCAAGUCCGUUACAGAAACUAAACCAAUUGCUGAGACCAAAUUGGUUGGCGAGACUCCUGUCCUUGACCCAACUAAACUUAAAUUUGCUGAUUCCCUUGUAAAACCUGCCCCUGUCCAACCUGAUGUUGAAGUAAUAAGUUCUGUCCCAUCACUCAAAACUGCCCCCACAUCUGAUAAAACCCCAGGCAAGGUGGAGACUGUGAUCAAGAAUGAUGCGGGUUCAGGCACUGAGUCGGAGAGUGAUGACUCGGUCCCUGAGUUGGAGGAACAAGACUCUGCACAAACACAGACACAGCAAGCACAGGUUGCGGCUGCUGCUGAACUGGAUGAGGAGCCCGUCAGUAAAGCCAAACAAAGCCGCAGUGAAAAGAAGGCACGAAAGGCAAUGUCAAAGCUUGGUCUCAGGCAGGUAACAGGUGUCACCAGAGUCACAAUUCGCAAGUCCAAGAACAUCUUGUUUGUCAUAACCAAACCAGAUGUCUACAAGAGCCCCGCAUCAGACACAUACAUUGUGUUUGGUGAAGCCAAGAUUGAAGAUCUCUCUCAGCAAGCCCAGCAGGCUGCUGCAGAAAAAUUCAAAAUGCAGGGAGAAGCUGUAUCAAACAUCCAGGAAAAUACACAGACGCCGACAGUACAGGAGGAGAGUGAAGAAGAAGAGGUUGACGAGACUGGAGUUGAGGUCAAGGACAUUGAACUUGUCAUGUCACAAGCAAAUGUGUCGCGGGCAAAGGCUGUACGUGCCCUAAAAAACAACAACAACGACAUUGUUAAUGCUAUUAUGGAGUUGACAAUGUAAAAUGGACCCUGGCAAAAAGUGUUUCGAGUGGUUGCUGAUUCGAUAUUAGUUCAUUUAUAGAAUUUAUACCCAAGAUGGAAAUAAAAAUGUGACUAUAAAAA